UCCACCCGGCUCGUGGGUUUUGUUCACACCCGCAGGUUUCCUCCUCUCGCCCGCCCAGGCCCCCCAGGGGGCACUCGCCUACCUACCCACACGCCAACUCACUACCCGCGUCGGGAACCCGAGCACCGCCCUCGCACUCGUAACGGCUCGGCAAAACCCGGCCCCGGAGACGAAUUCCCCAAACAUCGCCCCCCACCCCCCAAAACCAUCACCUCCCGUUUCUAUCCAAUUCCACAUGGACACCGCAAGGUAGCGCUCGGAUGGCGGCGGGCGGGGCGGGAGGGAGGAGCAUGCUGGCGGCGGCGCGGGAGGAGCCGGGGGCCGCGGCGGGAGGCGUGGCGGGCGCGGAGGCGGCGGCGGCCCAGGUGGUGCGGCGCGUGCGGCCCACGGAGGCCUCCGAGCGGCGCCGCGCGGAGGUCGUCGACUACGCGCGGAGGCUCGUCGGUGCCGCGCUCGGCUGCGAGGUCUUCGCAUAUGGUUCGGUUCCACUGAAGACUUACCUUCCUGAUGGGGAUGUUGAUCUAACAGUACUUGGAAAUACAUCUUAUGGUAGUACUUUGAUCAAUGAUGUUUACUGUGUCCUUGAAUCAGAGGAGCAGAAUAGUGAUGCUGAAUUCGAAGUGAAGGACUUGGAUUUAAUCGAUGCUGAGGUCAGGCUCAUUAAAUGCACUGUUGACAAUAUUGUAGUUGAUAUCUCAUUCAACCAAACCGGCGGGAUCUGCGCACUCUGCUUCCUCGAGCUGGUUGAUCGUAAAGUUGGAAAAAACCAUUUAUUUAAAAGGAGCAUUAUAUUAAUCAAGGCAUGGUGCUAUUAUGAAAGUCGCCUGCUCGGAGCUCAUCAUGGAUUAAUAUCUACUUACGCACUGGAAAUGCUUAUCCUUUACAUAUUCAAUUUAUUCCACAAAACUCUCCAUGGCCCUCUGGAGGUUCUGUAUAGGUUUCUGGAAUAUUUUAGUAAGUUUGACUGGGACAACUAUUGCAUAAGUUUAAAUGGCCCUGUUGCUUUGUCAUCUUUGCCAAACUUAAUUGUUGAAGCUACAGUUACACAUGCUGAUGAAUUAUUGUUUGACAAAGAGUUCCUCAAAUGUUCAGUGGAUAAAGCAUUUGUACCUCAGAGAGAUUCCGAUGCAUGUUAUACCAGAUUUCGUCCGAAACAUCUAAACAUAAUUGAUCCUCUGAAGGAGUACAACAAUCUUGGCAGAAGUGUCAACAGAGCUAGCUUUCAUCGUAUUCGAACUGCUUUCUCAUAUGGCUCUCGAAAGCUUGGUCAGAUUCUCACAUUACCAUCAGAACUUGUUUCUAAUGAGAUUUACGGAUUUUUCAAAAACACUUUAGGAAGGAUUGAAAGAGGAGCAAGACCAGACAUUGGCAGUAAUGGUGCUCUUUUGGAAGAUAUAUCAAGUAUGAAAAUUUCCUUCAAGAAGGAAGAUGAGAACAGAACUGCUCAUCAUCUUUCAAUGAGCUUGGGUAAUAACAAUUCAUAUGUUAGAAUAAAUGGAUUUACACACUUGGGAAAUUGUUUCCAAGGGGGUAACAACGUUGCAUCAAAAACUUAUUUAAGUACAGGAUCAUCUCAUUUCGUCCAUCAUGCACCAGAACAAUACUCUUCUUUUUACCAAGAGGAUGGAAAUGCUGGCAGUGAAGAGUGUUAUGUGGACCAUGAAAUGGAGCAGGUAUCUCACUGUUCCGCUAAAGCCUUCCAUGUAGAUGACAGAUCAUCGAUACAGUCACAAGUUCAUCUGAACAACCCACAUACAUGGAACUCUGCUGGUGGUGAUACUUUGGUACUUACCAAUGACAAGAAAAAUUGGAGUGCUGUACAUGUGGAAAAACGGCAUCUUCCUCCCUUGUCAUUGAGCUUGCCAGAUCUAUCAGGGGAUCUGGAUUUACAGUUUAGAUCCCUGCGUCAAGUUCAGUACCACCUAGAAUACUUGUUUGAUGGGUUUUUGCAGUGUGUUGAAGAAGCAUUUUCUAAUGAUAAGGUUCACAAGAACUCUUUUCACGUUCCUGUGGUUAGCAGCUUGUUGAAUUUGGACACUGCAUUACCAGGGUUACUGUUGCCUUCAUCUACUAAAAAUAAUGGAAGGAAACCAUCUCCUGUUUCUUGUACUCAUAACACAGAAGAUGUUUCCCAGUAUUCACAAGAUAAAUAUCCGUGGGAUGUGGCUUGCCAGCAAAACAUCUCAUUGCACUCUGGAGCAGAUGUUCCGUCCAAUGGACUCUCGCCAUCUUCUUCUUAUGCUGAUUCAGAUAUUUCUUCUGUUUCGUGGUGUCAUAGCUCUGAAGAUAUACCUGAGAAGAAUGGAACAGACACGUACGUCACCACAAAGAAAUAUGAUAUGUUCAAGGAGCGCUUGGCAUCUUCUAGAGAGAAUAUAAAGAUAUUGACAAAUCGACCAGUGAAGAUUAAAAGCAACCAGGCCUCGGCUCUAGGAGGAAGUUUUGUCUCUUACAAGGAGAAAGUUGCUCUAAACAGUAGAACUAGGGAAAUAAUAAUAGGUCAACCGUUAAAGGUUUGGGACAGUCCACAUGGAUACAUUCACUCAGAUAAGAAGACUGUUGAAAAGCAAAGUUGUGAUACUGGAAACGAAUUUGUCAGACAUGACAAUGAAGCAAGACAAAUACCAAAGUACCAGCGGGAUGUUUGGUUGAACAAGAACAUGUUGUAUAGGCAAUGUUACGACACUGGCAUGGAGUUUGCACGACCUCCCAGUCCACAGAAGCAGAUGCCAAAAUAUCAACCAUGUAACGGUCAAAAUGCUCCCAAUGAGUGUUUUAGCACUAGUAGAAGCAAUAACUUGUCCAGAAAGCAGAGCUACAACACUAGAAAAGAGUAUCAGAUACUUGACUGGCCAACAAAACAAAUACCAAUUACUCAACCAUUGAAGCUUCAAAACAAACGGCGUGACCAGGUUUGCUCAAAGAAGAAUUCAGCUGAAAAACAAAAUUCUGAUAAUCACAAGGAACAUUUCUCUUUUGUAAGAGGCGCAGAGCACAUACCAUGUAGCCAUGCAGUGAGCACUCUUGAUGGUUUAGAAACGGAGGUUUACUCAGACAAACAUGUUGAUAAUGGAUGUCAGGUAAGGCCAUUGUUGCCAGAGGUGCCACUUUCUUGCCAAAGCAUCAAUAGCCAAGAGAAGCCUCCAUUAUCUGAGGUUUACUCAGACAAGCAUGUUGAUAAUGGAGGCCAGGUAAGGUCAUUGUUGCCAGAAGUGCCACUUUCUCUUCAUAGCAUCAAUAGCCGAGAGAAGCUUCCAGUAUCUGAGGUUUACUCAGGCAAACAUGCUGAUAAUGGAGGUCAGAUAAGGCCAUUGUUGCCAGAGGUGCCUCUUUCUCGUCAUAGCAUCAAUAGCCAAGAGAAGCCUCCAGUAUCUAAUACUUCACAACCAUCCUUCCCUGUUGCAAAUGGUCUACCGGUGGAGAAUAUUGAGUUUGGAUCUUUGGGGCCUUUUGCUGUGACCUUUUUCUCAUCGAAGUCGGACGAAGCCACUACCACACAUUCUGCCAGUAAGGAGCUUACAAAUGUCUCUGCCUCGGUGUUACAGCGGUCUAGAGCUGGUGCAACGGAAAACAGGUCACCAGGAUUUUGCAAAGUGGGAGAUCAAGAUGAAUUCCCACCUCUUAAUGCUGGGAUCCAGUGAGACUUUGACGUACAUACAGAUGAGACAACUGAUCAUAGAGUUAGGGAGCGAAAGGAGCUGACCAGUUGAGCUUUGUGCAGAAUUUUGUUGGGAGCACAGAUAUGAGAAGUAAUGGAAUAGUAUAUCCUACCGUGUAAAAUUUUAAUUGAUACCUUCUCUUAUUUUUUCUUUUUCUUUUAACUUUUGUGUCUAUAGUUAUACCGAAGAAGGCUUUUAGGAGUAAUUAUUAUAACUUACCAAGGAGAAAAAUCAGGUAAAAAUACUUAGGUUUAUAUUA